AUGCCAGCAAUCUUUGCAAUUUGUAAAACAAGUAAAUGUUCCAAGAUAUUGGAAUUGAUUAUCGGACACGUUGAUGUAAAUGUAAAAUAUAAUGCAAUGACUGCAUUGGAAUUUGUGAUUUUGAAUAAUUCCGAAGAGUAUCUAUCAAUUUUAUUGGAAAGUGACAAGGUUGAUGUGAAUUUGGGAAAUCCUCUUCCCUUCACAAGAUAUUUAGAAAAUGUAAUGAGCAAGAAAUUGCAAGUUUCGAAAAGAAUAGUUUCAAAAUUUAUUGAAAGAAAGGCCAAAGUUGAUUCAGAACUUUUUCAAAGAGCUCUCAAUCAACUAAACAAUCCCAUCAUUUCACCAAUUCAACCAUUAGAAAACGAAUUCACAGAAGAAAAUGACACCAUGACAGAUGAUGGAAAAUUUGACGAUGAAAGAACUGUCUUUGAUGAUUCAUUGCAAGAAGUGUCAAAUUAUGAAAGAAUUAUCUUGAAAUCAUUCUCUAAUAUUUUGGAAAGUGUAAAAGCUCCUCAAUUUGUUAAAAAAAUUGAAAUUAUUCAACAUGUAUUGAAUAGAAUAGCUGACUUGGAAACUAUGGAAGAAUAUUCGAAACAUAAUUUAUUACAAUUUAUGAGUAGAAAGCUCAUUAAUCAAACUCUGACUGAAAACCUCUCUGCUCGUUACUACUUUUCACAUUCACUUGAUUUUGAUCACAAGAUUAAAAAUGGAAAUUUAUUUUACGAUCCAGGAAGAUCCAAUAAGGAAUUUAAAGAUUUUUCAAAAUAUUCGAAUGGCAAUGAUAGUAAUAGAGAGGUAAUUUAUGUAGAUCUUCAAAUAGAUGAUUCAUUGAAUGAUAUUAUUCGAAAGGCAAGGAAAUUUCUUCAACAAGAUCUUUCGAAUUUCUAUAGAGAACUUUCUCAAUUUGUUAGUGAUGAAAUGGGAGGUGAACAUAUUUCUAGUGAGUGUAGGAAAGAGUUGGAGAUUCUCACUCGAGCAUCACCUUGUGUGCCUCUUGGUAAAAUCAAGAAGGGCCUGUGUAGACAUAGAGCUCUGUUAUUUAAGGUAAUAUGUGAUUGUCUUCAUUCGGAGGAUAAUAGAAUCAAAUGUAGAUUAUUGAGAGGAGCCUAUAAUGGAGCACAUGCUUGGAAUGAGGUUGAGGAUGAGAAACAUGAGAAAUAUAUCAUUGAUGCAAUGCAAAGACCAGGAGAAUUAAUUAGAGAUUCAGAUAAUUAUUUUAAAGAACGAUCAAAAUUAUUGAAUGUUAUUCGUGAGAGAGAGUUUGAUCCGAAAACUGACUUUAAUCUCUUUGAAAUUGAAGGACCAUUAGGAAAAGGCUCUCAAGGUCAAGUAUUUUCCAUCAGCUUUGAAGGAAAGAAAUAUGCUGUCAAGAAUACUGACAAGUCGAAUAAUGAAGUUUUCAUCAUGUCUUAUGUGAAUCAUCCAAAUAUCAUUAAGCUGUUCAAUUAUACUUCUGAAAAUAAUCAAACCAGCAUGUUUCUUGAAAAGAUGGAAAUUGAUUUGGAGAAUUAUCUUGUCAAUGACUUUAAACAACUUGGAGAAGAACAGAAAAUUGCUGAAAUGCUUGUCAUUUUACUGAGUAUUUCAUAUGCUAUGGAAUAUUUACAUAAUAGAAAUAUUAUUCAUAAGGAUUUAAAGCCAGCAAAUAUUCUUCUCAAUUUUGGACAAUGUGGAAAUAGAAAGGUAAUAACCGAGGUAAAAUUGGCAGAUUUUGGAGUUUCAGAAGUCGUUGCCAAAACUAUUGGAAUUCCUUCCAGAACUGGAACAUUCAGAUAUAUGCACAAUUCUUUAAGAUUUGGUACCAUUUCACCAACAAAUCAAAAAGCUUUAGAUAUUUACAGUUUUGCAGUUGUCUUUCAUGAUUUAUUAUUUGUAGAGCAUAGAAGUCUUUGUUCUGAGCCUGAUUUAAGCUUGAACAUUGAUGCAAAGAAGUAUUCAAAAAUUUAUCAAAAAACGAUGACAGCACUUGCAGAUUUGUGUAAAUUGUGUUUCAAGACACCAAACGGCAAGGUAGAUUCCUUUGGUGUUAUUUCACUGCGCUUAAUCAAAAUACUCAGAAGAUUCCACGAAACACAAGAAAUUAAUCAAUUUUUCCAUUAA